AUGAAGUUGCUGAUUUUGGGGGGACCAGUGCCGGGUAAAGUUCACGUCGACAUCACACCGGAUAAGCCAUUUGGGGAGGUAUUUGCCUUGAUUCAGGAGGCGAUUGAUAAAGGGUCGCUUUGGGACAAAUUUCAGCUUUACAUGGCGGAGGUGCAUGACCAGAAAGUCAGAACCACAGCCCGUGUCAUUCAGUCCACGGAUACCGCAGCAUCCCUCGCUCUUCCCUCAUCGGGUGCCGUGGUAGUGCUGCGUCCACUGCAUCCGCCCCCUUCAGCGGGGUCAAAGGCCGGGCUCACAAAUGCUGAUGCCGCUUCCACGCCCCAGACCUCGGCACGAGGCGACUACCGCAGCCGCAUGAUCGCCAUGUACCAAAGGUAUGAGCCAUCGAAGCUGGGGUCGGUGGAUGCGUCGCUGCUAAAAUUCAAGGGGAGGGAAGAGGCAGUCAUUCGGCAGCUUGUGAAAAAGUAUGGACCGGAGCCCGACUCUGCUGCUAAAAGGGAUGAAUUCCCUCUCACACCUGUGGAAGUGGCAGUCCCAGAGCCUGGUGCCUUGUUUCACGCAAGCAAUGAUGCGCCAAGCUACCACGAUCGUUUACUAGCCAUCUAUCAAACUUAUGCACCAUCAAAGGUGAGGACGGUGCGUGCCACGCUAGAGAAGUUCAAGGGGAGGGAAGAGGCCGUUAUACGGCAAUUGGUUAAGAAAUACGGUCCGGAGCCGCCUGUCAAGGCCAAUACGCCUUUAAGCCCUACCUCCAACCCGCGGCCGAUAUCCUUAGCUAUACCAGCAUCAACAUCCGCGGUGGGAGUAGCGGCAGCAGCAUCACCCGUGGCCGCUUCCACGCCCCAGACCUCGACACGAGGCGACUACCGCAGCCGCAUGAUCGCCAUGUACCAAAGGUAUGAGCCAUCGAAGCUGGGGUCGGUGGAUGCGUCGCUGCUAAAAUUCAAGGGGAGGGAAGAGGCAGUCAUUCGGCAGCUUGUGAAAAAGUAUGGGCCGGAGCCCGACUCUGUGGAUGACGAUUCUCUGCGUUCUCCACUCGAUAAUAACAAUUCCGCCUCCCCUGCUCCCGCUACCGCAUUCCCAGUGUCGCCCGAGGUUGAACUGGAUGAGAAGGCGCCCAUGUCAGCCUCCAAUAAGCUCGAGAGCGCUGACGGUUUGCCUGAUGGUGCAGCUCCGCCGGCGUCCACGAGCCCUAGCGCGUUCAACGAGAAUGUCUCCUCGGAGCCGCCUCCACAGGCAACUCUGCCCCCCGCCUCCUCCCCUCUCUUGAAAGACAGCAACGAGCUACAGCUGGAAUCCUACGGCUUUCAGGCGUUCAUUUCCCCUACCGAGCAGGACCCGCUCGUUGAGCCGCUUUCUGAGGCAGACAUUAACUCCACCGUCGAGGAGGCGGAACCGGUGACGGCGAGGGAGAACAAACGGACCAGCCUACCAAGUAAUCUUUCAUUCAGCACAGCCACCGCAAUUAUGGCAAAGGAGAAAUUUGACACCACGUGGCCUAUGCUGCGCGAUCUUGAGCGAUCGCCACCUCUGAAGCAGCAGAAUCACAUCCAACCGCUGGACGAGGGACACGUGCCUAACUUUGCAAACACGCGAUUACAAGGUGUAAGGAAACGUGCUCUGGAAGCGCUCAGUGGGGCUACGGCGAAGCAGCUGGGGAGAGUUUACUGGCGGAAGUGGCAGUACAGAGUUGCACAAAAAGUGGCAAAUGAUCUUCUAAAGGAAAAGGUCUGGGUGAAAACCCAUGACGGUGCAAGGCUUGUAGACACUCUUCCACAUGGCCUUGAUGUACCGAAUCUUGAGGAGUACGUCUACUAUAACCGCAUUUGUGCGGGACGACGAAGCGUGGACUUCUCAGAUGACGUGCAGAAGGCCUUACGUGAGCUUAUCUACACUGCCAAGCAACACCUGAUGGAAACCAGCGAUAGAGCAGAGACACCAUUCUUUUCUGAUCAAGAUCUCUGCCCUGUUCGGGACACAAGGGAACUUGCUGCAUUUCUUCGCGUUUUAAGGAAUCUGAUUUUUGACUUCACCGAAGCAAAGUCGUUAGUUACCUUACGGCAGCGUGAAGUGUUGAAGUUAACCGACGCAAAUGAAUGCUUGCAAGGCAGGUUGGGAAAGGCGGAGACCUCGCUGUCUCACCUUGCUCAGGUGGAGGCAGAGCUAACUCUUGUUCAGGCACGCUGCGACAAGUUGAACGAAAAACUCGGGCAGGCACGGGAGGGAUGGACAAGUGCAAGGUAUCAGCUGCAGUUUCUCCGGCGUGAGCUUAAGAAGGAACGAAAUCACACCCCAACCAACACGGAGGAAUUGCUGCGGCAAAAAGAUGAUGAGUUGGCGUCCGUCCAGCGGGAACUCGCCAAACUGCGAAGCAAGUUGCAUCGUGAGGUGAGGGAAAGGGAAUCUCUGGAGUCGCAGUUGAAGGAUGUGAGGGCGGAGGCGGUGCGUACGGCACAGAAGUUGGAGAAACUUUCGUCGUCAGGCAAGUUGGUCGGUCGAGACCGGCCUGUGGGAGUGGGGGCGUCCCGGCUGAAUCUUCCCAGGAGAGCCUUUCCCUCCGGGUUUGCGCAUAUGCUAAAGACGGAGCAAAUUUGGGGGGAAGAUUUUUUGCCGCAAGGUGUGGCUGAAGCUACGGAAGUGGAUAUUCCACUGGAGGCAAAGACGAACAAGGAUCUUGUGCGCGAGAAUAUACGGCUCGAGGUGGAGUUGAGGGAACUCGAGGCUGCCCCUGAGGAGGUUGAAUUUGGACAGUGCCCGCACUGCAGGAUGCGACUUACACCCUGCUCUGCCGCACCCACAGGGCCGCCGGGUGACAAGGCGGCAUUUUGCUUCAGUUGUAGGCGGUCCUACACCUUUGGAGAUCUUAUGGCGCGGGGCAAAUCGCCUCCGGGGCGGUCUGUGAAACGAGUGCGAGAUGUCUCCCUGGAAGGCUUUGCGGGGAUUAAGUAG